GGCUGGCCGCGCGAGGGGAGGGGGGGGCACACUGCGCAGGCGCAGAGUGGGAGAGUUGGUUUGAGGCAGCUGCUGCUGGACGGUGGCUGCUUCGGGGUGGAAGGGGACCACCGAGACGAGAGGCUGCGUCGGAGGCUGAGCAGGGUUGAACAUAAUAGCCCCAGCUGCUGCCUGGGGCUUUGUUUGCUACACAAGAAGACCAACUCUUCAUUGGGCCUGGGUUUUGUGAGUACUUUCUGGUACAAUAGCCUGAUGUUCAUGGUAGCUGAAGUGAGACAGAAUCGACAAUUCACUUGGAUCUGAGGCCCCAGAGACUUGAUCUGCAGAGGCAGCUUGGCCUUGCAGCACAGAAGAGUUAGCAAAUCCAAGUCACUAACAUUGUCGCAUCUUUUGAAGAUUCCAAGAGAGAACUGAGUGCCCCAGAGAUGGCUGGACAGUAAUCUUGAAGUUACCAGCUGCCUGAUUUCUUAGGAGUCCUGUUUCUUUGGCCUCAGCCUUCAUUACCAAUGAAAAGAUAGAGACCUUGAUUUUUCAACUGUUACAUGUGGCUUCCGGAUUUCCAGUCUUGCCAGAGAUUUUGUGCUGAGACAUGUUGUACUGAGUUCUCAAGGCUUUCCUAAAGGAAUACGGUUGAGACAUGAAUGAAGGAGCUUGCUGUCCCCCUAAUGGGGAAGAGAGAGAAGAUGGACAGGUUACGAAGACUUCUGUUGAGCCCUCCCUACAAAUUGAUGAGCAAGGCAGCUUCCUUCCAGCCAUCAGAUGUGUACCUAUCUCCUCCCUGAAGUACCAGACAGUCCUCCAGGCUCUGACCGAGGAAGGCAGUGGAUUGGAGCCAACCGUUGCAGGUGAUAAUAUGGAGGUGCUCAGAGCCCAGGAGGAAUGGGAAGCAGUGGAAAAUAUUCAGCCCGGAGCAGGUGGCUGGGAGAGCCGAGACAGACCUGGGCAGCUGAUUUCCUUUGAUGAGGCCCUCCAACACUUCCAGACAGCUGACCUCUCCGUUUACAGGAAAAAGGUCAAGUCAAUGAUUCCCCGGAGACGCUUCUCUACUCUCUUUCGCUGCUUCUUUGGGCCCCCCCAGCUGCGCGAUGGCCUUCAGGAAGAACGGGACCUAGUUCUGGCUAUUGCCCAAUGCGGCCUAGAUAAUGAAGACCCUGUCCAUGGCCGUGUCCUUCAGACCAUCUAUAAGAAGCUCACGGGUUCCAGAUUUGACUGUGCCCUCUAUGGAACCCACUGGGAGGAGCUGGGCUUUCAAGGAUCAAACCCAGCCACAGACCUUCGAGGGGCAGGCUUCCUGGCCCUCCUGCAUCUGCUCUACCUUGUGAUGGACUCAAAGACCCUUCUGCUAGCCCAUGAAAUUUUCCGACUUUCCCAGCACCGCAUCCAGUACUUUCCCUUCUGUCUGAUGUCGGUAAACAUCACUCGAAUAGUGAUCCAGGCCCUUCGGGAAGAGUGUCUCUCCAAAGAAUGUAAUCGCCAGCACACGGUGAUCCCCGUAGUGAAUAACCUGUAUGCAGCCGCCUUCCUCCGCCUCGCCUACGUCUGGAGGACACAGCAGAAAACCAUUUUAGACUCCAGCUUUGUUCUUAAAGACCUAGAAGUACUGGCCAAAAAGAAUCCAAAGCAGCUGCUUAGGAACCUGGACAUCUACUUGACCAAAGGAACCAAAGGGCUGUCUCCAAUGGGCUUGUCAGGAGUACAGAUCUCUGAAUCACAUGGCACCCACCCCAAAAACCUCAACUUCACAGGAGUAUGUGACCUACAGCUAGACACAACAGAGGGCAUGCAGGCUGUCUGACUCCAGAAGCCCCAAGAUCUGGAUGCCAAAGCUUGAAGAUCCUGGAGAAGCCCAUGCAGGCCAUCACUAGGAAUAGCUUGGAUAGGCCUGGUCAGCCCUUUUCUCUAUUGGUGAGGUAUAGCUUUUAGAGAAUCCUGGCCUGGAGACAGGCCUGCCCAAUACCUUUAACCUCCAGGCUGUGGGUGUGUGACCCACAUGGUCAGAACCAUGGGAUGCACAGGCAUCCAAACUUAGAAAUGCCUCCACUUUGGGCAGACCAUUUUCCAAGGUUUAUAUGCCCAGUCUGAGUAGCAAAGUCCUUGCUUAGUACUACAGGGCUCCUGCUUCAAAAUUGGGCAGAGAUGGAUGGGCAGUUGUGAGCUUUAGCUUUGCAGAAUACUUGUGUGAGGGAUGGGUAGAGCUGAGGUAAGAGACAUGACCUCAUGAAAAAGAAUAGACUGACAGAAGACUCAUUCCCUGGACAUAAGUGCUUUCCAGUUUUAACGUGUCUCAUUGACUAGGAACAAAAACGUUUGAGCCUAAAGAGAAGUAGGCUAGAAGAAGAAAAGGAAAAAGGUAGUUCUAGCAGCAACCCCAGGGAACAGCACAGUUGGAAGGAGCCUGACCUGUGGGAGGCUUGCCUUGGGGUACCUUCUGCCCCUCUGUUAGGGCCGUGUGGCUCCUUCAGGCUGGUUGCCCUGCGACCCUGUGCACUACCCUGUGACUGCCGUCUUCGAGGUUCCAUUGUGUUCGGAGAUGGGCAUAGAGAUGGCCAGGCAGGGGAAGGACCAGCAUUCACACUAGCAGUUUUCAAAUAAAAAAAGAUUGUCAAGGUUUUAGGAUUUCACAGAAUUUUUAUUUUCCUUCCAUUAAUUUUCUAAGUAUAGUUAGUGGCAGCAGCAGCACAGAAGAGGGAGCUUGGUACAGAGGGAGCUAUUGUGUACAUCGCUAGUAGGUUACUUGGUACAUUGCCCUUUGUAGCUAUGGUCUGUAGGGGUCUUGGGUGAGGGAAGAGUUUGCCUUUUGCCCUGGUGAAACAUAAGUCACAUGGAACCCAGUUAGCCGUCCACAACCCUGAAGGCCACAGAAGCACCCUCGCUUAAAGCAGGGGAGCCAGGAAGUAUGCAGGGAGAAAAUAGAAACCCAGGCUGUCCUGCAGAAAGGGUUAAGAAUGACUCCUUCAUGUUGUCCUCUGCCUGACUUUUCCUCCAGUUACCAGUGAGAUAGCCCGCUCAGCUCAGAGAGCUUGGCUCCUUCCUGACAACUCGUGCUCGGGCAUGGAGAGCUAUGGGUCCACAACCAGGAGAGGAUUGGCUGAUUCAGCCCUACCCUAGCUUGGCCUGAGGUUUUUCCUUGUCCCCUCCAUCUCCUUGAAUGCCCCAGCCUCUACGCCUCUGGAACAUAAGACUCCCACCAACCUUUGAUAAGGAAAGUCCAUGCAGCCAAGCUCUGGCACGUAAAAACUGUCCUGAUGCCCUCUUUGCCUCCCAAACAGGAACUUUAGUCCACCCUCAAAUUUGCUUCAGGUUGAUGUGAAUUAAUUUUAAGGACUAAUUUCUUGUUUUUCUCCUCUAAUUCCCACUGGAAUUAGACUGGGGCCUUACCAGACCAGCUAGAACAACAGAGGGUUUACUCAGAAGUAAGGAUUGGAGAACUUGGAGAAAAAUAUUAUAUACGUAAUUUUAAGGGCUGUAUGUGGUGUUUACUUUGCCUCUAAAAAGCCAUGUGCUGCUCUCUGAGACCAUGAUCUGUUUCCAUGGGACCCCACUCACAGAAAUGUUCUGGACCAAAGUUCCCCUCCCAAUCCACCCACCCCUGCCUUGUAGAGGUUAGAAUGGAAGCCCCUGGAUGGCAGGCACGACUCUUUCAUAUUUGUAUCCUUAGUGCUUGGCACAUUGGGAGCACCUAAUAAAUGCCUUUUCGUUCAUUCACUUUGGUGACAAGUCAGGAGCAACAGUGAGGAGUACCUGAGGUCACCUCAUAUUUACACCCAGGUCAAACAGUAACAGUUACAGAAAGAGCCGACUAACCAGUGUGAAUCUUCCAGAUGCCGGACUCGAGAUCUAUGACUAAGCCUCCAGCUAAAUAUAUCAGCUCAGAGAUGGCAGUUUGGCCUGGAGUAACUUAAGUGAAAAGGUGGUCCUACUGAAUAUAGCAUUUUUCUGUUUCAUGCAACCCCUGGGCUCUGUCGCUGCCUAUUUCAGGGGUGCCAUCCUCACCCCCACUUCUCUAUACACAGUCAUGCUGUAUAAAACAGACCUUUUUAAACACAUUUGAGACACAGAAUCCUAAAGCUAAGGGGGAGCUUGGAGACCACCUCAUCAGUCCCCUUCAUUCUGGAGAUGCAGGAAAUGGAGAGAAGCUGGAACUUGCCCACAAUUUCUAGGCUAGUUAGAGGCCAGGCCAAAGCUGUGUCUUUGUGAUCACUCCUUCAUCCAGCUUUCUCUUCCCAGGAUUCUUAGAGGGUGUGACUCUCAGGUAAGGAGACUUGGUUCUGUAGGACACACUUGAAAACCAAAUCCUUGGUUUAUGAUGAAAUUAAAUGUAUGACCAAUGGGACGCUUCCUAAAUUACUAAGAAUUACUAAGAAAGAUCAUCUCGCUUGGGAAUGUAAAACCAAACUAAGUCCCACUCUGAAAAUGGUAGCAAAACCUGACAGACUGCCACGUGCUGUUUGGUUUACUACCAGCUCUUCCAAUUGCAGAACUUUGCUGUCACACAGCCAUUAAUGGUGCCUCUUGUACUCUCUGGGUGUCUCAGGGCAGAGAAGGGACAGAGACCCCUCCCCAGUCUGCUCUAGGUUGUGCCUGGUCCUGAGGCUUGUGGCCAGAGACGGGCCUGAGCCAGAAGCCAGAUUCCCAGGGUUGGCCAUAUUUGGUGCCUCCUUUGCCUAGUUCUCGAGCCCAUGUUCCACCCCAGCAUACCUAGUGGAGAAAGAAAUACAGCAAGGAUCAGUGUCAAGAUUGGUCAGGCACCAAGGAAUGGGGGGAGAAUGGGUCCAGUUCAUUUCUUUUAAUUAACUCCAAGAUGACCAAGCACAAGUGGCUGCAGAUAGAAGCAAGAAGGCACAGGUAGCCAAGGGGCACAGGGUAACCAUUGGCCAGCCAUGGUAGGGCAGAAUAUAAACCACAGUAUAAUCCGUGGUUGAAGGGCUAGGGAAACAAGGGAGAAGCAGGGAAACAGGAAUGCUCAUUUCCAGUUCUUGAAAAAUUGCUUGAAGAUGGGGCUCUCACGACCCUGGGGUAGAAUCUCUACCUGCAAAAACAGUGAAAAUACAUGGUGUAUUUACAGCAGUACUUCUACUAUCAGACUGAAGGCCCUUAAAACCAAGCAUCCCUACCCCCCCCCCAGCCACAUUCCCUGACAGGACUGGCCCUCCAGAAGCAAUCCUAAAACUUAGGUACCCAUUCAGAAGCUAUGUUAAUAAACUGUCCUGAGUCUGACUUCUCUCCUCCGUGAUGGAAGUUUGCUGAGCCAAGGGACAUCAUGAAUAAGAUUGGUGGAGAGUAUAAUUUAGAGAACAUGCUUCUAAAAACAUUGCUUGGAAUGAAAACAGCUAGUUGGAAAUUUGCAAAUGAAGCUUUUCGUUGGUUAAAGUAGACCUCUGCUCUUGCUGACUACUAUUGUCUACUAUUAAAGGAGGCCUUGUUUUGUUCCUCACACUGAGAAUGACUUGGUUAGGAUUUUGUGUACUUAAUAAAAUUGUACUUGUGC